UUAUGAAAAAAUGAAAGUGAUUUAUUUUUCAUCAUUAUUAUAUCAUAUUGCAAAUAUUAUAAAUACACGUCACUAAACCGAAAGUUCCAAAACCGAGAAGUGGGCCGCGCCGCCAACGUCCGAAUUACCGUUGGUGUUAAGGUUCCAAAUUAAAUUUUAGGGUUUUUUCUUUUUCCAAAAGCUCUCCCUUAAAGAUGGAGAAAGGGAAAAAACGCAGAAGAGAAGAAGAAGAAGAAGAGAUCGAGGCCAAAAAUAGUGAUGCUGAUCAUUCUCUUUCUCUCGGGAAAAAUCUUAGCUUUAGCGACACUUUGAUGGCGCUUCGUAUAAUGCGAGCCCAGUUUCCUCAAAUUGAUAAGGUCGCAAUUCAACCUUUCAUUUUGCAGUCACAAUUGUAUAGCAGUGUAAAGGAUAGAACUCAAGUGGAUAGGGAGCUAGAGUCUCUAAGGAGGGAGAAAGCAGUGCGUGUUUUCAAACUAAAUACUGGGCAAGAUGAUCAUGGCAUAAUGUUUUUAGAUGAUUAUAUAAAAGAGAUAGAACAUGUUGUCAAAAGAAUUGAAAAAAGGAAACAAGGUGAUCUUGAAGUUUUUAAGUGGUUUAAAGUGCAUGUUAUUGAAUCCAAGCUGGAAUCUAGCAUUGAACAUCAAGAACUUUGUUCACUCUUAUCACUAGGGGGAAGGGUGAAAGAUGAACACAUAUCCCUCCUAAUCAAUGCUGGCCUUAUUACUCGCCAAUUGAUUGAUCCAACUAUGUACUGGUUUGCAAUCCCAAAUAUUGGUUCAAUACUGAAAGGCCUCUCCCAGGGAAGGAAGGAACUCCUCUCUCUUUUAAAUCGUAGAAGAUAUAGAGAGAUGAUGUUGGCUGCUUUGGAAAAGAAGCGGCUUCGAUUUUCUCCUCUUGAUAUGAGGUUUCACCUUCGUGACUUGAUUGGAUCUGGUCAUCUCAAAACUGCCCAUACACCAACUGGUAUGGUUGUUCGGGUUUCAAAAGAAUAGAACUCAAGAAGAUACCACUAGGAGUGACAGUUAGAUUAUAUUGCUUCUCUUUGGGCUCAGUCUUGAAUAUGAGGUUGAUGAAUGAACAAAAGACAACCAUUGUCAAUGCAAUCAUUCACAUCAGCAUGGAAUGCUGGAUGAAUCUACUGUGAAUUCUUCUCAUUGAUCGGGUUUGCAACUAUCACCAUCUAUGAGAGCUGAUGUUACAUCUUCUAAAUUUUGCAUAUCUGAUAUUGUUACAUCAAUUGUAUUGUCAUACUAACUGGAAAGAGAGGGAGAGAGAGAGAGAUGUAGGACCAGCAAGAUUUUAGAGUCUUGUGAUCUCUGUGCAGAUAUGGCUUCUAGUAGGGCAAUACAUGCAGAACUGGAUUCUUGUUGUCCGCCUCUUCAUAAUUAGGACAAUUCAUUGUUGAAUGAUUAUUUUUAGGGGUCCAUGAUGUUGUGGACUUGGAUGGUCAUUAAUAGCCAGUACGAGUUUGUCAUAUUUGCAUUCUGAUCUCAUAAAUGUGAUAAGAUUUGUCGAAGAACAUUAAUCCCAUUAGAAUAUGGUACUUUUUCGUUUAUGCCAUAAGGUGGAAAGCUUUCAUCCGGUGCAUGUCUUGGCUAUUUGCUUCAAAUACAAAGCCCAUUCACCCUAUUGGCCUGUAUAUACAUUUUUAUAUCGUUAUUCGUUCGGUUUUCUUGGCAUAAUCCACUUGAUCUGGUUGCAUAUAUUUAUUUUAUUAUCUCAGAUGAGUCGGUUUCCAGUUGCUUGUUUAUAGAAUUAUUAGAUGUGAAAAUUGAAUGUGGAUUUAUGCUUGAUGGUGAGAGUAUUGAUGUGUAUGGCUUACUUUUGAAAAGUGUGUGUUGGUUUACGGAUUUCUCUAGUUCCGAAACCGGUUUCAUAUUUUUUUACUAUGCUCAGUUGAUUAAUGCUUUAUUUGAAAACUCGGCAUUUGCAUUUUUACGA